UGUUCUUGAACUGUAUGCAUUGCGAUAAGUCUCACGCUCCAGCAAUGAUGGAAUUCCCCCCAUUCCAAGUGCCUCCUGGGCAGGAAAUCACUGUCAAGCUCAUUAACCCGGUGAAUUUCGGACCUGCCCAGCUUCAUAGGUUCAUGGGGCCACCAGUACCAGGAAUGGAAACGCAUCCCAGCAACCCGUCAUUCUCGUUCCUUUUGGAACAUCCCUCUGGCCGCAAAGUGGUCUUCGACCUGGGUAUUCGCAAGGACUACCUAAACUAUGCGCCGAAGAUCGCUGAAUACAUUCCCACGACAAAAUAUAAGAUCGAAGUGACAAAGAAUGUCGUUGAUAUACUUGAGGAAGAUGGGAUCAAGGCUGGGGAUGUCGAAGCAGUGAUCUGGAGUCAUUGGCAUUGGGAUCACAUUGGAGACCCAUCUACAUUUCCCCUCUCGACAGACUUGAUAGUAGGACCCGGAUUCAAAAUAGCUAUGUUGCCAGGCGCACCCACAAACCCCGACUCUCCUCUGAGCGAAUCCGAUUACUCAGGAAGAAACCUUCGUGAGAUAACUUUCGAGGGUCCCAAUUGCCUAACAAUCGGCCGAUUCCAAGCCUUCGACUACUUCAACGACGGAUCCUUCUAUCUCCUCGACAGUCCAGGCCAUGCAAUCGGACAUCUCUGCGGCCUAGCCCGGACAACAACUAGCCCCGACACAUUCAUCUUCCUUGGCGGUGACAUCUGCCACUACGGAGGCAUUUUCCGGCCAUCCAAAUACCUCCCCGUACCAGAGCCUAUACAUCCCCACCCAUGCAAUCCAGACAGCAAGGUCGCGUUUUGUCCCGGCGGGGCAUUUGAAGAGCUCCAGCAAUCGCGCGGCCGGAGCGUCACUGAUCCGCUCUUCACGCCCACUUUUGGACAUGACAUCCCGCUGAUCAUUGAGACGAUUGGGAAGUUGCAGGAGGCAGAUUGUAGGGAGGAUGUGUUUGUUAUUAUCGCCCACGAUGCUACGGUCAGGGAUGCGGUGGACCAUUUUCCAAGGAGUUUGAAUUCGUGGAUGGAGAGGGGUUGGGCAAAGGAUGUUAAGUGGGCUUUUUUGAAGGAUGCCGAGGUUUAUUGGAAAUCUAAUGGAGUUAUAUGAGGAUUCAAUUGGAUCUAAGUAGAAAGCAUGGGGCAAGUUGCUGUACAGAAGGGGUAUUCAGACGGCUCAAAUGAAGGUCUACUGCGACAAGUCUAACCACGACUGAGUGGUUAUAGCGACUCCCUGGCCGAUGAAAAAGAAAAUAUCCAAUGUGUUCCUCAUAAACAUCUGUACAUUAUUCGGGUUUCUUACCUAGCCAUACAUUUUCACCUGCUGAUCAAUCAACUGAAUCGCCG